CUCCAGAAGAUGGAGGAAGGAGAUGGUGGCGAGGACAGCCUUUUCUCGUUGGAGUUGCUGGUGGAGUCGGCGCGCGUGGAGCCGCGUCUGCUUCCGUCGCCUUUGCCCGCCAGCGGCCCGUUUCGCCCGGCGGUGGCACUUCGGCUCCUGGACUUUCCCACCCUGUUAGUCCGCGCCCCCCAUUGCGGCCCGGGACCCUUAGUGCCCUUCGGGCGGGGCAAGUCCUGCCUUUUCAGACUGCGGCCCAACGUCCUGAGGGGCCUUUUGAGGCGCUCCCCGCUCCAUGCGCUGCUGCUGGCGUUGCCCCCCACGGCGGGUCCCGCCCGCUUGCUGGGUUCCUGCAGUGUCUCCCUGGCGGACGCUGCUGAAGAGUUGCUUCUGGGAGGCGGCCCAAGGGGGAGAAGGGGACGUUUCCCUCUGCGGGAUCUGAUGGGGGAGCCAGUGGGAGAGCUGGGACUGAGCUAUCGCUUUAGCAAUCUGGGCUCUACACUGCUGGCCCAUCUGAGGGAAAGCACAGGCUCAGGGGAACCCCAUAGGGAGGAGGAAGAGCAACCACCAUCUCCAACCCCUUUGGGCACCCAAGAUGAGAGGGAGCCCAGCCUGGAGCUCAUUUCAAAGGUGGAGGAAGGCCAAGGCCCAGGAAGUGACAGCCUCUCCUGCACAGAGCCACAGCCCAAUGACACAGGCUAUGGGGACACUGUUGGAGAACUAGAGACUGAGACCAACAUCUUCUGCCCCCCACCAAUGUACUACAAUUACCCGGCUGAAGAUUGCUGCCCUGCACCUAAAGCUUCUGAGCCUGUGAUGGUUGCUGAGCCCCAGGAAUCUUUUCAGGAAGAGGAAAAUACACUACCACCUGGAGUGCCUGUUAAUGAGGAGCUUUUAAGAGGGGGCCAAGACAUGUGUCCCUCCCCCCCAACCUUGGUUAAUGCUCUGCAGCUCAGACAAACUUUGAGUCAGCUACCUCUCCUGAAUGCCUUGCUGGUAGAGCUGUCCCUGUUGAACAACCAGACCCUGCCACCAGGGCCAUCCUCUGUGCACCCACAAUUAGCAUGGCUAUAUCAAAAUGUAGAAGAAGGCUCCAAAACCCCACCUCCAUACUGCAAAAGUGUAAGUCCCCCUCGAGAGGAUAAGAAAACUCAUCGUAAAGAGAGAGGAAGAUCGCCUACCAUCAUGUUAAGAAGUCGCCCAGAGAACUUAAAAUGUAUCUCUCCCUCCUUCCAGCGAACCUGGACUGGAUUUAAAGCCUCAGUCUAUGAAAAAAAGAUCAGCCCUGAAAAAAAUAGCAAGGAAAAAUCUCCCCCAAGAAGGAAGCUUACUUAUGGGAUGACCAAUACACUCAGACUUCGGUUGCAGCAGACCAAUCCAGGCAUGCUGAAAGUUCAUGAAAAAAGGGAACAUCAUAGGAAAAAGCAAGCAAAAAUAUUCAUAAGAGGCAGGUGUUCCUUAGCCAAUAGUAAAAUACUCCGAUGUUCUCCUGAGCGUCAUCCAAAAUCUUCUGGCUCCGCACACUCUGAAGAAAGAGGCAUUUCAGACCAAAAUGUUCAAUUUAAUGAAAAUAUUGAGACAUUAAUACAAUGUAGCAUUGCACAAGAUUGCUAUUCCACCAGGAAAGAAGUAUCUUCUGAUGUCCAAAACAGUGUUGCUGGUUGUCAUGUGAAGAGUCAUGAAAGCCUAAAGGAAAGAUGCCCAUUUAAAAGGUUGGGUUCUGGUUAUAAAAGAAGGCGGUUGAAAGUCCAUCUGCCAAGAGUCUCUUUACAGGAUACGGAUGCUUUAGAAAAUAUAAUAGAUACAGAAGCAGAAAAACGUGCACAGGAUGAUUGCAAGAUUUCAGUGCUAAAAAAUCCUAGCCAAAGUACCAACGUUGAAAGCUGCCAUGAAGGUGAGAAUUCAGGUGAUGUCAACGCUAACUGUGAGAAUGGGGGCUAUUCAGAAGAUUUUACCAAUGCUGAUAGUUCCAGCUUCGAAGCUCCACUAAGCAGUUCUGAACAUUUGCUGCUAGUGAAUCCAAAAUCAAGCCAUUCUGACACUGUUUCAGGUUCUAACCUAACUGAACGAAGUCCGACUUCUGAAAGUAUUUCCUCUCUUCUUCCAAAACUUUCAGCAGUAUCUCCUGUCCAGAUUCUUAAAAAGACCAAUCUUUUAAAAUUUAAUGAUCGAAAUGUUGUUGAUCUGUACAAAUAUGAUGAUGAUGAUUCUCCUCCUACAAGAACCCUAAGGAGGGAACUUUCAGAUCAACUGAUCAAAAAGCAAGAAAACAAUGAUUUGCAAACUUUUGAGAGCAAACAAGGAAGCUCUGAUUUGAGCAGUAGGGGAACAAAAGGUCAAUCUGCAGAAAAGAGCCUCUCACUAAGGACAUCUCAAGUUAGCUCUUAUAUGCCCUCAAACAUGUCUGAUCUUAGUGAGUUAGAAAGCAACAUAUCUUACAAAGAAGAGCAAGAUGACUUUGAGAUGCCAGACAUUACAAAUCGGUAUAAACAUAUCAGUGAACUAGUAGUGAACAAACUUCCAGGAUAUACAAUGUAAUUAUCAAUAAUAAUAACUGAUCAACGUGUAAAUGUCUUAAUUUUUAUAAACACAUAUUUUGCAAUAUGUUGAGGGUUUUUUUACAUUUAACCUUAAUUCAAAAGAAUUUGUAUGAAUUGGGUAACAAGCAGACAGCUGAAUUUUGUACAUGUUUUCCAUAAAAAAUAACCUGUAAACUUUUGGAAGGCUAGAAAAGAAUAAUUGAACUGAUAUAAUUGAAACAGAAAGAAAAAGAAAAUGAACAUACACAAACUGAGCUGUGCAUAUUAAUUUUAUCUUGGAAAUGCAUAAUAUAAGUUGUAGAGGCCUUUAGUAAAGUAUAGAUAUGAAAACAAUGCUUAACAUAAGAAAAAUGGCUUUUAUAAUUUUCAUAUGAAUUUGUUUUGCUGUCAAGUUACAGCUGACUUAUGAAGACAAAAAAUGUUCAGAGAUGGUUUUCCUCUACAUCACGAUCCUGGUAAUCCUUGGAGGUUUCCCUUUCAAAUACUAGCCAGGGUAGGCUUAGCUUCCGAAAUCUGAUGAGAUCUGGUUAGCCUGGGACUAUCCAGGUCAGGGCUUCAUAUGAAUAGUAAGUAUCAAAUGAUACAUCAAUGAAAAAAAAUUGAAAAUGUUAUCUAUAAAUAAAAAAUUCAGUUUGAUAUA